UAAUUCUUAAGCAAAAUGACAUCAAUAAUUAAGCUGCACACUAUUUCUGGCGCCAUGGACGAGUCGCCGCCAUGCUACAUACUACAGAUUGAUGAUGUGCGGAUACUUUUAGACUGUGGAUGGGAUGAAAAGUUUGACCAGAACUUUAUAAAGGAGCUGAAGAGGCAAGUGCACACCUUAGACGCGGUUCUGCUCUCCCAUCCAGAUGCGUAUCAUUUAGGUGCUUUGCCAUAUCUGGUGGGCAAACUGGGACUUAAUUGCCCAAUAUAUGCAACAAUUCCUGUCUUCAAAAUGGGUCAAAUGUUUAUGUAUGAUCUGUACAUGUCACACUUUAAUAUGUACGAUUUUGAUCUCUUUUCACUGGACGAUGUGGACAGUGCCUUUGAAAAGAUUACUCAGCUAAAAUACAACCAAACAGUCUCAUUGAAAGGAAAGGGCUAUGGAAUAUCCAUAACACCACUCAAUGCUGGGCACAUGAUUGGUGGCACUAUUUGGAAGAUAGUCAAAGUGGGCGAGGAGGAUAUUAUAUAUGCCAUCGACUUCAAUCACAAGAAGGAACGUCAUCUGAGCGGCUGCGAACUAGACAGACUGCAGCGCCCAUCGCUACUUAUUACGGAUGCCUACAAUGCACAGUACCAGCAGGCACGGCGCAGAGCACGUGAUGAAAAACUAAUGACAAACAUUCUACAAACAGUGCGUAACAAUGGCAAUGUCCUGAUUGCCGUGGAUACAGCGGGUCGCGUACUAGAACUAGCGCACAUGCUUGACCAGCUGUGGAAAAACAAAGAGUCCGGCUUAAUGGCCUAUUCAUUGGCACUGCUCAACAACGUGAGCUACAAUGUUAUUGAGUUCGCUAAAUCGCAGAUUGAGUGGAUGAGCGACAAGCUUACGAAAGCAUUCGAAGGAGCACGCAAUAAUCCCUUUCAGUUUAAACAUAUAAACCUUUGUCAUUCGCUUGCGGAUGUAUACAAGUUGCCAGCAGGCCCUAAGGUGGUGUUGGCCAGCACCCCAGAUCUGGAAAGCGGAUUUACUCGUGACCUGUUUAUGCAGUGGGCUGGCAACCCAAAUAAUAGCAUUAUUUUCACAACGCGCACCUCACCGGGCUCGCUGGCUAUGGAGCUAGCGGAUAAUGCCACACCUGGCAGACAAAUUGAGUUGGAUAUACGACGCCGUGUUGAUCUCGAAGGCGCCGAAUUGGACGAAUAUUUGCGUACGCAGGGCGAGAAACUUAAUCCACUCAUCGUCAAACCAGAAGUUGAGGAAGAGAGUAGUUCAGAGUCUGAGGAUGACAUUGAAAUGAGUGUAAUAACAGGUAAACAUGAUAUUGUGGUGCGCUCAGAAGGGCGGCAUCAUGCCGGUUUCUUCAAGUCAAACAAACGCCACCAUGUCAUGUUUCCCUUUCAUGAAGAGAAAGUUAAAUACGAUGAUUAUGGCGAAGUUAUCAAUCUGGAUGAUUAUCGCAUUGUGGACAAUGGCAACUACGAGUACAUGGGCCAGGAUGGAGAACAAAAUAAGGAGAAUGUCAAAAAGGAAGAGCCGCAUGCGGAGCAACAAAGCAACGGUCAACUGGACAGUGAAAUGCAACUGCUGGAGAAGCCCACCAAGCUGAUAAGUCAACGCAAAACGAUUGAAGUCAAUGCGCAAAUACAACGCAUUGACUUUGAAGGUCGCUCUGAUGGCGAGUCUAUGCUUAAGAUUCUUUCCCAGCUGAGACCACGUCGUGUAAUUGUUGUGCAUGGCAGCGCCGAGGGCACUCAGUUGGUGGCCAGGCACUGUGAACAGAAUGUGGGCGCACGUGUAUUUGCGCCACUCAAAGGAGAAAUAAUUGAUGUAACAACGGAAAUUCACAUCUAUCAAGUGCGUCUCACAGAGGGACUUGUAUCACAGCUGCAGUUCCAAAAAGGCAAAGACGCUGAGGUGGCCUGGAUUGAUGGGCGUCUGGGCAUGCGUCUGCAAGCAAUUGAUGCACCCAAUCAAGAAGUUACUGUAGAGCAGGAUGUCGUUGCGCAAGAGGGCAAAACACUAACAUUAGAGACACUCGAUGAGGAUGAAAUACCCGUGCACAGCUCAGUCUUAAUUAACGAGCUCAAACUAUCUGAUUUUAAGCAAGUUCUCAUGCGCAACAACAUAAACUCUGAAUUCUCUGGCGGCGUUCUUUGGUGCAGUAACGGUACCUUAGCUUUGCGACGUGUCGACGUGGGCAAAGUGGCCAUGGAAGGUUGCCUCUCGGAGGACUAUUACAAAAUACGCGAACUUCUUUAUGAGCAGUAUGCCAUUGUUUAAACAGACAUUAAAUA